CUACGCGAGGUCCAUCAUCCGCACCAACUAAAGUCAAAAUUACUCGCGAACAGCUAGAAGAGUCGGUCGGUGUGCUUUAUAAUGAAGAGAAAAAAUCCUCUGUAAUUCGGUUGUGCAUUUUCGAUUAGGCCAAAAUUGGCUAGCGCGAAAACGGGUGCAAAUCGGGCGACCCAGUGCGUUCCUGUGCGGAUCCGUGCGAAUGGUGAAAAAAGAUGAAAAGCUGCGAGAUCAGUAGCAGCAGCAACAGCACUUUCAUCAUCAAUGGAAGCAGGAUCUCGUCGUCAUCAUCAUCAUUACGCCUAUCAUCGCCAGCAACUUGUGAUCAGAAACUAGCAACAGCAGAAGCACCAGCAGCAGCGUCAAGAAGUCAGAUUCAGAAGAUCAUCAUUCAUUAUGGAGGAGAAGAAGGCCGCAGCGCAUCGUCAUCGCCUUGGUCGUCGAGCCAGUGGCAAUCAUUGAAUGCGCUUGCUGGUGUGUUUUGAAUGAUGACGAUGAUGCCUUCCGAUUGCGACAGAUUAGAACACUAGCAAUCGUCAGUGGAUUUUCCUUUUGGUGGAAGUUGUAAACAAAAAUGUGAACACUGGAAGAUCGAAUUGAACUAUUUUUGGGAAAUUUUUGGCAGGGUUAGCCAAACUGGUCAUUACCUAAUCGUUCAGUUACUGAGAUUUCAACAGUCUGCUCUGUAGUUUUAGCAGGAUUUUAUUAAAAUUGUAGUGUUAGUAUUUUGUAGAAGGUAGUGAAAAUUUUAUUCGUUCUACAAGUUUGGCUUUUAAAAAUCAAUUGUGAAUAAGUAGUGUUUUGCGGAAGAUUUUUUUUUUUAAUUUUGUCGAUUCCUCGCUGGUAUACGACACAGCACAGUUACGCGAGUGCAGAAGAAUUCAAUCGCACAGUGAAGAUUUCAGGCCUUGAGGAGAGCCGAGCAAAAGAAGGAAACAAAUCGUCAAUCAAACGGGAAACAAAACAAAUCAUUUGAGGAGCCGCCGCGCCACAGCCGAAUGAGAUUGAAUCGUCUGCAAUUACGACGACGACCAAGACGACCAUGGGCAAUUGCAUCGGAAUUAAUCGGAGCGAUCCGGAAACCCUCGACACCGGAUCCGCCAACGUAACCCGGCCAGUGACUGGCAACACCUCAAGCUACGUGGGCACCCAGCGGAAGAAUCACCCGCUCUGCCACGAAACGAUCCGCUGGAAAUCGGAAGUGCCAUUAACGGAGGGCCAGCUGCGCAGCAAACGGGACGAGUUCUGGGACACCGCUCCCGCCUUCGAGGGCCGCAAGGAAAUCUGGGAUGCGCUGCGGGCAGCGACCAGUGCCGCGGAAGCGCUCGACUUUCAGCUGGCACAGGCCAUCCUGGACGGUGCCAACAUUUCCGUUCCGAACGGAUACCUCACCGAGUGCUACGACGAGCUGGGGUCCCAGUACAAGCUCCCAAUCUACUGCUUGUCCUAUCCGAUCAACAUAGUUAAGGAGGAUUACGGACGUGACUCGCCAGCCGAAUACUCGGAACCCGUCGAUGGAGGCACCGAAGUCGUUCUGAAGCUGCGACUCUCGUCCACCUGUACAGAUGUUAAAUUACCAGUUUAUUCUAAAGACACAAUCGGUCAAUGUAAAAAGAAACUCCAGGCCCAGGAAGGAAUCGAUGCAUUUACUCAGCGAUGGUUCUACGGGGGUAAGCUGCUAGGUGAUAAGAUGCACAUCGAUGAGGCCCACAUACAGCCCGGCUACAUAGUGCAGGUUAUUGUAAAUACCGAAAAACAAUCGUCCCUGGCAAUUAGCUAGCCAAGAAACAAUCGCAUUCACUCGCAAUCACACACCGAGGCGGCGCGAUGCGGCAGAAUCCGGAGCAGCACAGUUUCAGUGAAUGGCCGCGGUAGUGGCGGCGUUGAAGUAGCAGUCCUGGUGCUCUGGCUUCAUUGUCCACUGAGAGCACCAACAACGGCUGCUGCCGGAGUCCAGAUGUGUUAAUAUAUGCUAAAUACCUUUCAAAUUGAAGUUUGAUGAAUUUGAUCAUUUUUUUCGCUCUAAAGAUUCACAAACGGUCGCAAGGGGCUGCCUCUCAGGGGAAGCAUAUGGUUGUGUUACGAUUCGCAGUUUUCAGGAUGUUGAGAGCUAAUAAAAGAGUAAAACCUAUCGAGUAACGCUGAUGAUAAGAGUUAGUGGAAGGAGAGAAAAGCGAAACUAAUUUAAGUAAUCAAAUAGUUAUUACAAUUACUGAUAAGAAGUAAUUAAUAUAUUAUUGAGAGAUAACAAAGCAUAUUUAAAUUUUA